UUUGGUUUCUGCUAUCAGUGGUGGUGCUGAAGAUUUGGUGAAGAAGAGGACCAUGUCCACGUCAACAAGGGGAAAAGCAAAAUAAUCUCUGCUUUGGACAAACCUGUCUUGCUCUUCCCGGAACCCACCUCUAUCUUAGGGACUCCUGUGGACUUUGAAGUGGGUCGAUUUUACCAAAUUAAUCAUUCCUAUCUUCCACCAAAUUGCCCAGUUCAAAUCAAAUGUGUGAACCUUGUAAUGGUCACUGACAAAUGGGAGCAGGAAGUAUCUCUAAGGUAUCCAAGCCUCAAAUCUCUUAGCACUCACUUUAAAGAUCAAUGCUUUGGAAAGCCAGAAACACUCUGUAGAAGCAUCUCAGCUAACGAAUUUGCUGAGAAAGGAAACUCAUGGAGUUUUUGGGUCUCUCCUCCUAUGAGCCCAGUUAUCAAUGAUGCUGCUACUAGUUUGGUUCCCAAGCAGGGUUCAUGUUGGUCUGAGAUCAAAUUCACUGGUAUGGUGCAGUGGGGCCAACGCCAACAAGUUCGGUUCUUGGGGCGUCAUGAGGAGCAAAAGGUUGAACCUUUACCUCCACUUCAGAAGGAAAAACCUUUCCAUUUUAAGGCCAGAGAUGGGACUAAUGUGAAGAAGAGAAAGAACAAAAUGGAAGAAGCUGUCAAGGUAGCUCAGUUUGAGGUACAGAGGACAACUCGUCAAUGCAACAAAAAUCAACAAGGUGUGAGUAGUAGCAGCGGAGCCAAAAAAUCUAAGAAAGCAGUGAAUGACACCAAGAAGCAGGAACUCGUGGUUUAUAGCAGAAACAAGCCAAAACUAGGGAUUUAUAGAUGGGCUGCUGAGAGGUAUAAGUUAGCAGAGGAGAACAUGUUGAAGGUUAUGAAGGAAAAAGGAGCUGUGUAUGGAAACUCAAUAAUGAGGCAAGAGCUUAGAUCAGAAGCAAGAAAGUAUAUUGGUGACACAGGUUUACUUGAUCAUUUGUUGAAACACAUGGCUGGAAAAGUGGCACCAGGAGGAGUUGAUAGAUUCAGACGGAAACACAAUGCCGAAGGUUCAAUGGAAUACUGGUUAGAGAGUGCUGAUCUUGCUGAUCUUAGAAAGGAAUUGGGUCAAGACCCCUACUGGACUCCUCCCCCUGGCUGGAAGCCUGGAGACAGCAUUGCACCAGAAUAUGUUACUAGUAAUGAACUCAGAGAGAUCAUAAAGGAGGAAAUAAUUAAGUUGAAACGUGAAAUGAGGGAGCUAAAAUCAAAUAGAAAAGCAUUGGCUAUGUCAAAUUUGAAUUUUUCCCAGGUUUCUAAGCAGGAUAUUUAUUUGGAGCUGGUUCAUAAAAAGGCUAAAAUUGAAGAACAGCUAAAAGAAAUUUCUUUGGCAUUGAAUGGCAUGGAGGAUCAAAUGGGAAUGCUGAAACCAACACUAGUAGAAGAACCACCAGCGUCAUUGCUUGGACCAACAUCAUUGACAGAAAACAUUGGACAUGAGACAAGGGAGGAAGAGAAAGGUACUAACGUGAACAAAACAAAAUCAGCAGACACACAAAUGGUAGUAGGAAGCAGAGGACAAAACAAGAGGGACCUUUAUGUGGUCAAAUACGAGUUUGUAUCCACAUGUUGUAACCAACCUUGAUGAACACACUGUGGUCCCAACCCCAUCCUCAGCACCCAAUUAGCCUGUUAAGCCAUUAGCAGAGAGGCGCCCUGUGAGCACAACUACUUUGACACAUGUCAUGUCAUUGGACCCUUUUCCACUUAUCUUUCUCCUCCACUAGAGACCACAAAAACCCCAAUCACUACCACCAUCACCAUUUAUUAACCUUAAUGAGCCUCCUCCUUUUAAUUUGGCCAAGAGUAAUGCUGCCAACAAAGUGCUCCUGCAUACCAUUUUGAGACUCUGUUGGUAAUAGUAGAUUGAGCCAACUUAUAGGGACAUUUAAUGUUAACAUUAAACAAGCCAAUGCUGGAUGUCGUUUAUGAUCAGCUGCUGUCCAUUGUUGUAAUGUUCUAACAUCCUCCAAGUGGAGAUUUUAGAAAGGUGCAAAAUUUGUGCAAUCAGGUAGGAUUUUUUUCUCGUAACUAGGUAGAAGCUGCUAAAGUUUAUAAUGUAGUGAAGAUAAUAUUUUCAAUUGCAUAUAUAAUGUGUGUGCUCAAAUAAGAAUUGAAUU